AUUAAUUAAAUUAAUCAAAAUUAAAUGUAGUAGCAAAUAGUUGAGGAUAAUAAUAAUAAAAAAAAAAAAAAAAAAAAAAAAAAGCCACCCACAGAAGUGAGAGACGAUGGGAGAAGCACCAGCGACGAUAACCAAAGAAGAUGUAAUAGCAAAACUCAAGGACGACGGCGACUUCGACAGGCUUCGCCUCAAAAUCAUUCGCAACCUCAAACAAAACGAAGAACUACGUGAUAAUAUUAUUGCGGUGGUGAAACAGUCAGCAGCACUUAAUCGUUCGGAUGCUGAAAAUAUGAAACCAAGACAACUUUUGGAUGCCAUAUUUGAUGAGGUUGGGGACAAAGUGAUGGGUCAGAUUUCUGAUGGUCUAUGGGACAUAAUCAGAUCAGAGGGCGGGAUGAAAAGUGAAAUAACAGAGACAGUACAAUCUGUCUACGAUAAGUUAGUUACUCCUCAGGCUCAAAGGAUAGAAGGUGAAUCAUCUAACCUAGAUGUGAUGCCAGUUAAAAUGGAAGCUGACCAAAAUGGAUUCAGCAUCAGAAAGGCCUCAGCUGAUGGAGUUGAUGAUAUGUUAUCUGAUGGUGAACCAAAUGAGCCACCGGGUUUCUCCCUGUCCAACAACCAUCGAGGCAAACACCAGCAGGAGCAGCAGCUACCUUUGCCCUAUCAGAAUGGAACUGUAGAAGAGCAGAAGGAGGACCUCAACUACACAGGGAAUGUUCAGGAGCAGGAUAAUGUUGAUAGCAUUAUGCCACUUGGCUUUUCAGCAGACAUGGAGGACAAGCAGCCAUGCAAUGAUAGUGAUGAGGACCCUGAAGUGCCUCCCGGAUUUGGUUAAAAAGUCAACUUGCAAGCCAUUUGUCCCUGCUAUAUGCCACUGGUGAGACCACACAGUGAAAUGUGUGCCUGGUUGUCUUUUUUCCUUCUGGAAGCCCUUAUCCGAUGUUCAGGCAGGGAGCUUUCUAGUCUUUACACUCCAUGAAUUGAAGAUGAGAUGCUUCCGUUACUAUCCUAUAUUCUUUCACUAAGGUGAUUGGAUACAAUUUUUUUGAAAUAAUUCAUUGGAUUAGAUUAUAGAUACAAUUUUAAAUUGAUGAGAGAUUAAUGAUAUACCAGAAAGUUUUUUCCCAUUCGCCUAUUCUACUUCGGGCUUCAUGGUGUUUACUUUCAUCUGUACUAAUUUAUGAUUUUGCAAUAUAUGAGGUAGGGAUCUGAACCUUAAGCUAUCUGUACCUCAUUUCCGGCAGGGCUGUUUUACUU